UGCAUAUCAGGUAGAUGGGAAAUCCUGUGCUGGAACAGUCUGGAACAACUGCCAGCUGCAGCCUGGCAACCUUGGUCUGUGCUGAGGGCUGAGCCACUACUGAGUGUGCCCAGUGGGAGUCAGACCCAGUGGGAGUCAGACCCAGUGGGAGUCAGACCCAGUGGAAGUCAGACCCAGUGGAAGUCAGACCCAGUGGAAGUCAGACCCAGUGGGAGUCAGACCCAGUGGGAGUCAGACCCAGUGGGAGUCAGACCCAGUGGGAAUCAGACCCAGUGGGAGUCAGACCCAGUGGGAGUCAGACCCAGUGGGAGUCAGACCCAGUGGGAGUCAGACCCCCCGGUAGGGUAAACAGGAUCCACAGGCUCAGGGGCUUUAAGACAGUGGCACAGUGGGAUGUCCUCAUACUUUGUAUCUGCUCUGUCAUUUGUCAUCUCCCGUCUGGAUUACUGCAACUCGCUGUUGGCUGGGCUCCCUGCCUGUGCCAUUAAACCCCUAUAACUCAUCCAGAACGCUGCAGCCCGUCUGGUGUUCAACCUUCCCAAGUUCUCUCAUGUCACCCCGCUCCUCCGCACACUCCACUGGCUUCCAGUUGAAGCUCGCAUCUGCUACAAGACCAUGGUGCUUGCCUACGGAGCUGUGAGGGGAACGGCACCUCCUUACCUUCAGGCUUUGAUCAGUCCCUACACCCAAACGAGAGCAUUGCGUUCUUCCACCUCUGGCCUGCUGGUCCCCCUACCUCUGCGGAAGCACAGUUCGCUGCUCUGGCACCCAAUUGUGGAACAAGCUCCCUCACGACGCCAGGACAGCGGAGUCACUGACCACCUUCCGGAGACACUUGAAACCCUACCUCUUUAAGGAAUACCUGGGAUAGUGUGUGUGCACACACACACACACACACACACACACACACACACACACUCUUUCAGCAUAGAUUUCCCUGCUGUGCAUUCUAGGAGUAGCCUACAGUAUGUUACAAUAUUAGUUCAGAGCAGAUACACUUGUGCUGUACAAACUGGGUUUGUGUGAAAGUCCUCUGUAUAAAGUACAGGACAUUCUGUCACAUUCCCAAAGGUUGCUUGUCCUAUGACAGUCAACAGCUGACUGAUGUUGUUGUCACUGAUGUUCACUUGUGUCCUGACUAUCAACCAGACUACUCCACUGCUCCUGGUAAGUAAACCCCCAUUUACAUCACACCAGGUCUAUCACAACAGAUUUAACUCCAUAUGUGGAAUAAUGUGUCAGUCUUGAUGUGUGUAAAAGGUACUUCAUUGUUUUCAACAGAAAAUCAUGGUUGAUUUGAAAUGUAUUGUUUUGAUGCCGUGUUUCCUCAACUGUACCAGUUCCCUGCCGGCCAAGCAAGUCCCAUGUGUUCUUGGUUUUGGUAUGCUUGAAAUGUUGUGGCUGAAAGAGCAUUGAGCAAACUUUAGAGCCUCUAGAAUCACAUGAUUCAUAAGAUCCACCAUAAGACCUCUCUAUCACCUCAGCAUCAUAGAAGAUUAAUUUAGCAUUCAUCCAAAAAGGCAGAAGAGUUCACGAAGUCAAAUGAAUUGUUCCCAUUUCCUGUGCCAUGUCUCAUAAACUCUGCUUCAAAGGUCAAGUUGACCAUCAUGAGAGGAUGUCUUUGUCAAUAGGCAGCAGUAAACUAGCCUGGAGCUCAAUCAGCAAGGCACAACAUUGUACAACGUACAGAUAGACAUAUGUUAUGUAGAACAACAUGCCUCUCUGACAUGUAGAAUAAAAUAACAUGUACAGCUCUAUUCGUUACAUUUCUGUCUGCAAUGUCCGAUAACGUUUGCCUACUGAAUGUGGCCCUGUUCCUCUCUAACUGUUUUCAUGGCCCAUUGAUUGAUAAGAUGAAAAUCAGCCUUUAAAUCAAAUCAAAGUUGGUCGCGUACACAGUUUGGCAGGUGUUAUAACUGGUGCAGCAAAAUGCUUAUGUUACUAGAUCCUAACAAUGCAGUAAAAUGUCAAACAAUUAAAAUGUAAGGACAAGAAAUCAAGAACGGUGGGACGAAUCUGAUGAACAACCCAAAUAGCACUGGAGCAGUAAUCAAAUGCUUUCAUCUCUUUUAUUCUGUUUUUUUAGAUCUAUUUACGUUUUUCUAUUUAUGUCUAUUCCCCAAGUCACUCCUCUCAGGUCUGCGGUUCCUUUAAAAGUUUGGACCUCUGAGGAUUCUCAGCAUUGUCCAGGGUGGUUUAUGGAUGUCUUGGCCCUCCUCUUUGGUUGAUUUUAUGGUCUUGUUUCGUCACAGACAGCGAGGAGCCACUGCUUACAUUAUACUGAUCCUGCCCUAGAUUUAAGACACUGACAGAAUAGUUGGAAACUAUCAGAUUACAAUACCAUGGAUCAGUUUCAAUGCGGGUUCCAUUGUUUAAAAAAAAAAGUCUGGCUGUGUUGGUCUCCCACUACAAAUGACGGUUCACCAGAGAUAGUUGUUGUCAAGCUCUGAGGGGGAGUCACCCUGAGCACUGUUGUCUGAGGCAGUAUGCAAGUCUAGCGUGUUACUCUGUCUUCCUCACUAUGACUCUAGCUGAGCUCUGUUCUUUACAGACGUCUGCAGUCUGGUUAACAAGGAACCCUACCCACAUAGUUACCCCCCCCCCCCCCCCCCCCCACCAUAUAAACGCCCUUGUCUUAGCCAGCAAGACCCCAGUCAGGAUGGGAGGUUCACGGGUGAAGACAACUGGGGUUCUACUCUGUCUGUGUUACUGUCUCAACACUGGCAUUUCAGAUGAUCUCUCUGGUAAGUUAUUAAAUGUAUACCAGUAAUAGGUUAGCAGGGUACACAGAUUCAUAGAUACAUAUAUUGAAUUUUGGAAAUUUUACUUGAAUGUCCAAUAUAUAUAUAUAUAAAAAAGUAUGUGGACACCCCUUCAAAUUAGUGGAUUCGGCUAUUUCAGACAUACCCGUUGCUGACAGGUGUAUAAAAUCGAGCACACCGCCAUGCAAUCUCCAUAGACAAACAUUGGCAGUACACUGGCCUUACUGAAGAGCUCAGUGACUUUUAACGUGGCACCGUCAUAGGAACUGUUCGUCGGGAGCUUCAUGAAAUGGGUUUCCAUGGCCGAGCAGCUGCACACAAGCCUAAGAUCACCAUGUCCAAUGCCAAGCAUCGGCUGGAGUAGUGCAAAGGUCGCCACCAUUGGACUCUGGAGUGAUAAAUCAUGCUUCACAAUCUGGCAGUCCGACAGACGAAUCUGGGUUUGGCAGAUGCCAGGAGAAUGCUACCUGCCCCAAUGCAUAGUGCCAACUGUAAAGUUUGGUGGAGGAGGAAUAAUGGUCUGGAGCUGUUUUUCAUGGUUUGGGCUAGGCCCCUUAGUUCCAGUGAAGGGAAAUCUUAACGCUACAGCAUGCAAUGACAUUCUAGACAAUUCUGUGCUUCCAACUUUGUGGCAACAGUUUGGGGAAGGCCCUUUCCUCUUUCAGCAUGACAAUGCCCCUGUGCACAAAGCGAGAUCCAUACAGAAAUGGUUUGUCGAGAUCGGUGUGGAAGAACUUGACUGGCCUGCACAGAGCCCUGACCUCAACCACAUCGAACACCUUUCGGAUGAAUUGGAAUGCCGACUGCGAGCCAGGCCUAAUCGCCCAACAUAAGUGCCUGACCUCACUAAUGAUCUUGUGGCUGAAUGUAAGCAAGUCCUGCAGCAAUGUUCCAACAUCUAGUGGAAAGCCAUCCCAUAAGAGUGGAGGGUGUUAUAGCAGCAAAGGAAGGACCAACUCCAUAUUAAUGGCCAUGAUUUUGGAAUGAGAUGCUCAACGAGCAGGUGUCCACAUACUUUUGGUCAUGUAGUGUAUUUUGUUGAAAAAGCCCUAGCUUUUUUUCCACCUACAGGUUCAAAGUGCGGUCUUCCACAGAUCAGAAACCUCCUUGACGGCUCUUUGAGAAUCGUUGGAGGGUUGGAGGCAAGAUAUGGAUCCCACCCCUGGUUGGCAAGUGAUUUCCUUUUACUGUACAUGUAACACCCCCUUUUGAGAAAUAUGGCUAUGAGGGUAACACAAAUGCAGGCUUUAUUUCAAGCUUUAUUGAAGAGAUAGCACUGUAUGAAAGAUGGGGUAGGGUGAAUCAGAGGGCAAUGGGCCAGAUUCGAACCCAUGCCGACUCUGGCAUACAUGUGUGCCGUGGUCAGGGGCUGUAACCGCUGGACCACACAGGCCACACAAAUACAGGCUUACAGACAUCACAAUGACAUGGAAUUUGGGAUGAUUUGAAGGUUUCACUGAGGUUCAGGGGUUCUCAUUUCUGUGGAGGGGCUAUCCUGACUGAGCGCUGGAUCCUGACUGCUGCCCACUGCUUCUCCAUCGUCUCUACGUAAGUUCCAUCCCAUCUCAAGUCCAGGUAGUCCCUCCCCCUUUCAGUCUGACUUCUUCCAUUUGGUGCAUAACGAACAUGCCCCUAAUGUCUCCGAUGUUUGUUUUCUUCCAUAGAAACUUUCUGAGGAACGUUAAUGUUGUGAUUGGGGAGUACGACCAGAGGGUUCCUGAUGAAGAAGAGCAGACCUUCACUGUGGACACCAUCAAAAUCCACGACAAGUACCAGCAUGCCUCUCCUAUGAGCUAUGACAUAGCUCUGCUGGAAAUCAAUGGACAUAUCCGAUUGGGCAGGUUUCUUCUCCGUUAUAGUGACAGGCGGUUGAGUAUGUUUUUACGAGCCGUAAUGUUCUGUACUGUAGAUAUAACACACCCUUUAUGGACAUUAUAAUGUCUAUGUCAUUGACUGAGUUUGGCCAGACAUUAUUCUUGUCGGUGUAGGAAAUAUUUUCUAAAGUAUCUGUGCUUACAUCGUCUGCAGGCCCCAGUGUUCAGCCCAUUUGCUUGCCUCUGCCCAGUGAGAACUUCCCACCCAGGACCAGCUGCCUUGUGAGUGGAUGGGGACGGACCAAAGAGCGUAAGGCCCAGACUAACUUUACAUUCAUUUCAAACUAGCACAUCAACAUGGACACUUUACUCUUCACUUGAAUUUUCUGGAUGUUUUGAUGAUGGAGACCUAGCCUGAUCCCAGAUCUGUUUGUGCUGUCUUAUGACCAUGGUUUGACCAUAAGGAAUUGGCAAGACAGCACAAACAGAUCUGGGAUCAGGCUAAUGGAAACCCACUGUAUUCACAUUCAGGUGGUCGUCUACCUGCCAUUCUAAGAGAGGUGCAGCUGGAGUUGGUGGAACCGGCUAAGUGCAAGUAUGUUCUCCAGACCCUGAGACCCACACAGCAGGCCCUCACUGUGCUGUGUGCUGGGCCUGAGAGAGGAGGAAAGGAUGCCUGCCAGGUACACAAGAUAGGCUACAACACAGUGCUGUCUGCAUGUCAAAAUCUAUAACAGCGUUAUUAUGCUUCAGUGAUCUCUGUCCAGUUUCUGGUGGAGGAUCUCUGGACAAAUGGGGUUAUUUUCAAUCAUACAGUUCAUCUGUCCAUAGACUUCUCAUCAUUCCUUUGAGAGGUCCCUUAUCAGAUAAUGUUGUGUUCUCCCAUCUCCAGGGGGACUCUGGGGGUCCUCUGAUCUGCCCCAGGGAGGAUGGCCACUGGGCCGUGGUGGGGGUCACCUCCUGGGGGAAAGGUUGUGGCCGUAGCUGGAUCAACAACAAGGCCAAGUCGCCGGCCAAGAGAGGAUCCCCAGGGGUCUUCACUGACGUCAAGAUGCUCCUGCCCUGGAUCAAGAUGAAACUCAGAGAAGGUUAUCUAACACUUUUUGAUCAGUGUAAGCCAUGCAGGUCUAGAUAUGUAUAACAGAUGGUAUAACAGAUGGUCUAACAAAUUAUUUUGUUGUUGUGUUUUGUUCAACAGCAGAUGCUAACCCAAAACAAAGGUCCAAGUCAAGUAAGUUGUAUUUAUUCUCAUCAAUUCCACAAUGCUUAUACUUGCAUGUUUUGAAACUGCGCCCAUGUCCUCUUUGUCAUCUAAAUAGCUACUACAAUUUUUACACAAUAGCUCAUUUAUGCAAUUUGUACAAUUAACCUUUACUGUAUGAUGUUAUCGUACUCUUUGGAGAGUGUAUUUGAUGGUGUGUGUUUGUGUGUGUGUACUGUGCUGCAGGACUGUGCAGUGUGAGGGAUGGGCCUGUGAGCGGUAGUGAGGGUCUCAUCAGAAACCCAAGCCUCCCAGGCCAUCUCUACAACAACAAUGAGUGGGUGUAAUCCAGUGACAGUGCACAGGCCCGUUGCACAGGGGGAGUGAGGGAGAGCUGUGCUGAACUGAAUGUGCUCAUUGAAUGCCCUUGAAUUAAGUAUGCUUUUAGGACUAUUUAUUUUCAGGCCAAUUUGCCCUCACCACUCCCCAGCUGGCACAGAACGUUCUAACAACCAUAUGUUUCUUAGAGCUUGGUGGAAGGGGGGUUGUCCUAUGGUUAUUUUCCUGACAACCUUCCCACAACUUGCUUGGCUUUGGAACAUUCUCAGCACAUUUUAAGGAAUUUGACAAAAAAAACAUAAUUUUCUUGGAAUUUAAAGGGGGGGCCUACUAAGCUAUAUGGAAUUGUUUUAAGAAGGUCAUACCAAGGAUCAUUUUGCUAUUUGAUUUUGUAUUUUAAGAAGUAUCAAAAAAUAAAAUACAAAAUUAUCUGAUGAAAAUGUAUUUGGCCUUACUGCUAUUAGCCCAUACAUUUACAUUUACAUUUACAUUUACGUCAUUUAGCAGACGCUCUUAUCCAGAGCGACAUACAAACGCAUUGAAUAACAGAUUCACUACAUGGAACAACAGAUAGUCCACAAAAAUAAAUCUAAAGGAAGUGUCUAUCCUAUAUCUGAGAGAUAUAAGAAAGAUCAGGUUAUUCUUUUUAUUUUAUUUUUUUACAUGUAUUUAACCCCUUAUUUUUGGCACUAAACAGUCUCCAUAUAUACAGUACUUUUCGACUGGGUCUUGUGAGGCCUGUGGGCAUCUUUGCAAAACAACCGACAUGUACUUGUUCUAGAGAGUCUCCUUUACAUCAGAGUGGUCAGUGGGGGAAAAAAGUAUUUAGUCAGCCACCAAUUGUGCAAGUUCUCCCUCUUAAAAAGAUGAAAGAGGCCUGUAAUUUUCAUCAUAGGUACACGUCAACUAUGACAGACAAAACGAGAGAAAAAAAAUCCUGAAAAUCACAUUGUAGGAUUUUUAAUGAAUUUAUUUGCAAAUUAUGGUGGAAAAUAAGUAUUUGGUCACCUACAAACAAGCAAGAUUUCUGGCUCUCACAGACCUGUAACUUCUUCUUUAAGAGGCUCCUCUGUCCUCCACUCGUUACCUGUAUUAAUGGCACCUGUUUGAACUUGUUAUCAGUAUAAAAGACACCUGUCCACAACCUCAAACAGUCACACUCCAAACUCCACUAUGGCCAAGACCAAAGAGCUGUCAAAGGACACCAGAAACACAAUUGUAGACCUGCACCAGGCUGGGAAGACUGAAUCUGCAAUAGGUAAGCAGCUUGGUUUGAAGAAAUCAACUGUGGGAGCAAUUAUUAGGAAAUGGAAGACAUACAAGACCACUGAUAAUCUCCCUCAAUCUGGGGCUCCACGCAAGAUCUAACCCCGUGGGGUCAAAAUGAUCACAAGAACGGUGAGCAAAAAUCCCAGAACCACACGGGGGGACCUAGUGAAUGACCUGCAGAGAGCUGGGACCAAAGUAACAAAGCCUACCAUCAGUAACACACUACGCCGCCAGAGACUCAAAUCAUGCAGUGCCAGACGUGUCCCCCUGCUUAAGCCAGUACAUGUCCAGGCCCGUCUGAAGUUUGCUAGAGUGCAUUUGGAUGAUCCAGAAGAGGAUUGGGAGAAUGUCAUAUGGUCAGAUGAAACCAAAAUAUAACUUUUUGGUAAAAACUCAACUCGUCGUGUUUGGAGGACAAAGAAUACUGAGUUGCAUCCAAAGAACACCAUACCUACUGUGAAGCAUGGGGUGGAAACAUCAUGCUUUGGGGCUGUUUUUCUGCAAAGGGACCAGGACGACUGAUCCGUGUAAAGGAAAGAAUGAAUGGGGCCAUGUAUCGUGAGAUGUUGAGUGAAAACCUCCUUCCAUCAGCAAGGGCAUUGAAGAUGAAACGUGGCUGGGUCUUUCAGCAUGACAAUGAUCCCAACCACACCGCCCGGGCAACGAAGGAGUGGCUUCGUAAGAAGCAUUUCAAGGUCCUGGAGUGGCCUAGUCAGUCUCCAGAUCUCAACCCCAUAGAAAAUCUUUGGAGGGAGUUGAAAGUCUGUGUUGCCCAGCGACAGCCCCAAAACAUCACUGCUCUAGAGGAGAUCUGCAUGGAGGAAUGGGCCAAAAUACCAGCAAUAGUGUGUGAAAACCUUGUGAAUACUUACAGAAAACGUUUGACCUGUGUCAUUGCCAACAAAGGGUAUAUAACAAAGUAUUGAGAAACUUUUGUUAUUGACCAAAUACUUAUUUUCCACCAUCAUUUGCAAAUAAAUUCAUAAAAAAUCCUACAAUGUGAUUUUCUGUAAAAAAAAAUAUCUAAUUUUGUCUGUCAUAGUUGACGUGUACCUAUGAUGAAAAUUACAGGCCUCUCUCAUCUUUUUAAGUGGGAGAACUUGCACAAUUGGUGGCUGACUAAAUACUUUUUUCCCCACUGUAAGUGUUUAGCCCAAACUGUUCUGACGCUACAGACAGAAGUUGACAGAUCGGCUGGACCGACUUCAGGGGGUCGUAGAGCAAAACGGGGGGUCGUAGAGAAAAAUGAAGAAAACCAUUGUGUUUCAAUAGAGGGGUCAUAAUAGUUUGUAGGCCAAACUGUUCGGACGCUACAGACAAUUUUGUGAGAAGACCAAUUUUCGAAAUGGCGUUUUUACAUUGGAUAAAAGUAAAGACUCCGAGCUUGAAAAUGUUAUACAAUGCACUGCAGUUGAGGAGCAAUGGGAGAGUAAUUCUGAUUUGAAAGUUGAUAAACUUGUAACCCCACUUUUAAGAAAAUGGCCCGUGAAUAUUUUGGUACACCUACUGGAGAGUUCUUCUUUGUCUACACCCAUUCAGCAUCGUUCCCACCCUCUUAAGCCUUAGCCCCACACAUCUCUUUAAGGAUUCACAGUGUAGUAAACAACCAAAGAUUUCAAGACUGAAAAUGGUGAAAGUAGUAGCAAAAAGUAGUAGUAAAAAUACACUUUAUCUAGUCCUUGGCCUAUAUCCUAAUCUGACUUUGAAGCAGGUCAUGUUGUUCUUAACAUUACCAUCUCUGGUAAACACACACUAUAUCAAAUCAAAUCUAAGUUUAUUUGUCACAUGCACAGGAUACAGAAGGUGUAAACGGUACAGUGAAAUAGUUACUUGCAUAGUGGAGUCUUUUGUUUAGACAUGUAGCUAGCUAGCUAAACAAUGAACCAUAAUUCCAACUCUAAUGCUGUGUUCAAAACAACUGGGAACUCGAAAAUCUCUGACUUCAGUGUGUUCAAAACAACUGGAAACUCUGGAAAAAAAACAAGCAGUCUGACUGGGACAAAUCGAUUUGAACAGUCAUCCAACUCGGAAUUCCAACUCGGGAACUCAGGCCUUUUUCUAGAGCUCUGACUUUCUGACCUGAAGAUCACUGACGUCAUGCUUUGACCUCGUAUUUUUCAGAGUUCCCAGUUGUUUUGAACGCGGCAAUACUACCAUGGAUGAAUCUGCAGGUAGCUAAAGCCUAACCAACUAGGUUCAAUGUUAGCUAGCUAGCUAACAUUAGGCUAUAACUAGCAAUGCAAACUGAUUUCUGAGAUACUCAUAAUAUUAACACUGAUCAUACACAUAACGUUAGCUAGCAAGCCAGCCAGCUAACAGUACACUUUAACUUGCAAUGAAAACAACUUUCGGACUAGAAACGUAUAAUAUCAAAAAAUGUAGCUAGACUCUUACCCGUAUACAUGGAUGAAUGCUUCUUCUUUUCUGUCACGGAUGCCAUGGUUGCUCUUAGUUUGAAGAUGUAAUCCGGAGACAGGUGUUCUAUACAACAGCCUUCUUUCUGUGUUCUCUUUUUGGACUUUCUCCGCAUUUGGCAAUCAUCGCUCUGCUUCCACCGUGCAUUCCACUGAUUCUUCCGUGACAAUGACACAGUUUCUUCCCCACCAUUGCCAUCAGAAGACUCUACAAUGUCUGGUUUCCUUUGAAAUGCGGUCUGUUUGAAUAGACUAAAAUGAACAGCUUUGUAUGCGUAAAUAAACAUGCCAUGCUAGCUCCAUCCUGAUGGCUCAGUGGACUAAUUCCAUGUAUAGAGAACAAUACAUCACAGGAUCGAAUCUUACUGAUGCCGUGUCACAAUAGAAAAUAAAUGUGUUUGCCUGAUUAAUGCAUAAACAAAUGAUUUUCCAUGUGUCCUACCUGUGCUUGAAGUUCAAAAAAGUUUACCCAAAAUAAGCUACCAGUGUUAUUAAAAGUCGUAUUAAAACAAUCAGUGAAAGCUUUAAGGAAGUUAUUCAAAAACUUCCAAAUAACCUUUACAUGUCGUUCUUAGUGUUUCACAACAUUUAGAGAAUGUUAUUAUUGUUAAAUUACCUUCAAAUUACCUAUCAUUUCCAUUCUCCGAGCAUUAAUAAAACCUUCCAGGAGAACUUUCAAGGAACCAGAGUAAAACGUUAUCAGAACCUCCCUGCAACCUAAAAAUAAAAGUUCCCAGAACAGGUCGGAAUGUUCGCUUCUGUUCUCAGAAUGUUAAAAAAACAUUCAGUUUUACCGGUCAGGAAACUUAGGGAUUCUGUAACCAAUCUGAAACUAAAAACACACGUUCCCACAACUCCCAAGGAAGCAAAUGUGCUAGCUGGGUCACCACUUGAUUUCCAAAUGUAUGUAAAAACUGUUCAUUUAGUUAAAAAGCGGAAUACUUGUGAUAGCUUUUUCACCAAUGAAAUUGUUCUUGGAACGUCCAAAAUGCAUCCAAUCAGAUUUCCAUAUUGAUUCUCUCUCUCUCUCUCUCUCUCUCUCUCUCUCUCUCUCUCUCGCUCUCUCUCUCUCUCUCUCUCUCUCUCUCUCUCGCUCUCUCUCAUAGGAUAUGUUCCUGGUCCAUCAACGUUCCUAUAGGGAGGAGUAUUCUGCUGGAAUUCUUGGAAUUCGACAUGGAGAAUGACACCCUCUGUCACAGUGACCAACUCACAGUAUCUGUGGGUGCAGACUCAGGGAGGCCUAUUGGUGAGAGAUGAGGCUGCAUUAACCCUAUGUAUGUCUCCCUAGUUUUCUCCUUCCCACCGGUUGAUGAGGGGUUUGACUUUGUGAUCUCCCAUUGGCUGUCUCUUAGGGAGGUUCUGUGGCAGCGCCCCCCCGCCCCCAGUGCUCAUCGACUACCACAGUGCUUCUCUCCACUUUGUGUCUGAUGUCAGUGGAACAGGAAACGGAUUUGUUGUUAGAUUCCGAAGUGUCGAGGGAAAUUCUGUGCCUGGUGAGUAACCGGUAUGUCAACCCACGCCCCCUUGGCUCAGCAAGCCUAACCCCACCCAGCCCAGGGAUAGAACAACGCUCAGACAUUUUCACACCAGAACAUAGGUUAAACCAGUUUAGGGAGUAAUAUGUCAUCAUUACUGUGUGUGCAUUGCAAUUAUAAAGACAAAGUCUGACACUAAUUGAUGGAUCCUCAUAGCAUUUGUUUUCUGCUAAAUAAUUAUCAUGUUCUCUGUCUGUACUGCAAAUAGCUGUGUAUUGCAUUCGUGACUUGACUUGAUGACAGAAUACGUUGUUUGGCCUUCAGGGCAGAGCUGUGUGCUGGGUCUGAUGUUUCAUCACUCUGCCUGCUGACAGGAUGUGUCUUGUUGCUCUGAGAUCCUGACAAAUGAUAUAGGCUCCCUACUCUCUCUCUUUCAAUCCCAGUAGAGCUCUCCACCAUGUGAGCCACACACCCUCCAACUGCUGCUAGUCAGACACACACAUGCACACACUUUCACUCACUCACUCACUCACUCACUCACUCACUCACUCACUCACUCACUCACUCACUCACUCACUCACUCACUCACUCACUCACACACUCACUCACUCACUCGCAUGCACACACACACACGCAUGCACACACACACACACACGCAUGCACACACACACACACACACUCAUGCUCAUGGGGCUGACUCUCCCAUAGUUACAUUUUGACAUUUUAGUCAUUAGCAGACGCUCUUAUCCAGAGCGACUUACAAUUAGUGAGUGCAUAGAUUUUCCAUACUGGCCCCCCGUGGGAAUCGAACCCACAUAGCAGCCAGGAAGGCACACAGUGGUCCCAUGACCUGGUAAUGAGGUGCAGAGGGUCUGUGAUGAAAACACACACUGUAACUACACCACCACGUGGGUCAGAGACAGGAGCCAAGAUGGCUGGCGGACAGUGUUUGUGUUGCACUGAGGCACAUGUAUUGUCAAGGGUUAAAUGUGCGACAGUGUGAGUAUGGAGCCACAGAGAGGGCAGGGCUUGUGGCUGAUAAUGUGUCCUUUGUGUUUGUGAAGCGUCGGGAUGUGGUACCGUGGCUCUGGUCCAGGAUCAGAAGGCCGUACAGAGUCUCAACUACCCACAAUCCUACAGCAACGACUCUGUCUGCCACUGGGUCAUCUACGCCCCCAAGGGUCACAUUGUCAAGGUGACACAUGUUGACCUGUACCUCUUAUGUUACUGUCCUCUCAAUAAAUCAAAUGUUAUUUGUCAUAUACACGUGUUUAGCAGUUGUUAUUGCGGGUGUAACAAAAUGCUUGUGUAGCAAGGCCGUUGUGACCGAAGGGAUACCCCAAGGACUGAUCUCUCCCAGUGGAAUCAUGAAUACAUUCAUGGUGGCACUCUGCCAACGCAGUGAUAGUUCAGUCUCUGGUGUGGAUGUACUGGAAAGAAUGUGAUACUCACUUUGAUUAAACAAUAACAACAACAGACUGCAACACUGUAAAUGCACUUGCCACAUUCUUUGCUGAAAUUAAGAUUGUUUAAAAUAGAGUUUACAGCUGAGUGCAAGGAUGCUGUUUUCUUCAUUUUUUAAAUCUUAUUUUAUUCUCUUUUAUCUUGCAGCUUGACUUUGAUGACUUUGACCUGGAGCAGUCGGAUGACUGUGAGUAUGAUUCGCUGACUGUACUUGGAGCUGUGGAUACAAGAGAGGAGAUAGGUACAGAAUCUGACCCUAAGAUCAAUACACCAACAAACCAAUCCAAAUGGAUUGGACUUUUAUGCCACAUUAAUAAUUGUAAUAGACGCUGAAAUAUAAAUGAACAAAACAUUGACUCAAGCUGAAACAGAUAUCUCACACAGACACACAGACACACAGACACACAGACACACACACACACACACACACACACACAUUUCGAGUAGGGUAAUGUUUGUGUCCUUGUGUAAGCGGUGCUGUGUGGUAGGAAUGUGCCUCCCCCCAUCCUGAGCUAUGACAACGUGAUGGUCCUCCAGUUCACCUCUGAUAGCACGGUCACCUACCGAGGCUUCCACGCCACCGUGUCAUUCAUCAGUAAGAUCGGUGAGUGUGACACCGACACACACAAACCACACAUUCAUAUUACUCUCCAUAAGAAGCCCACAGAUCAGGUUAUCAUUAAACUUUCCAUAAUAGAUCAUGCGUUUACAAUAUUUUACAUUUCAUAACUGUUGCAUGAUAAGAUAAAUGCUUCAAUAUUUUAUAUUAAUUUGGCUGUUAUGUUUUGGCUGUUCUGUCAUGCUAGCUGAUCACAGACAAUCUGACUCUUUACUCAGACCUGCUGGACGGGGAGUCAGAGGAGGACACUGUUCACUACCGCCACUCACUGCCAGGUUGGUUAUGGGUUGUCCUGAGACCAAAAAUUCUAAAUCAAAUAGCUAAAUGAUCCUUGGUAUUACCAAUAAUUACCAGAAAAUAGCUGUCCUCCGGCUAAACCAUGGUGCUACCCCAGAGAGUGGUGUUGAGGCUACUGUAGACCUUCAUUGUUUCACUAUUUCUAUUUUUAUGAAAUUUGCUGAGUAGGAUGUCCUCCCCUUCCUCCUCUGAGGAGCCUCAACUGACUUUAAGUAACCCAUUAGUCCAUUUGGAGUAAUACAUUUACAUUUUAGUCAUUUAGCAGACGCUCUUAUCCAGAGCGACUUACAGUUAGUGAGUGCAUACAUUUUUCAUACUGGGUUGUCCUGAACAAUGGGUGUUCAUGCAUUGUCUAAGAAGUACCUGUAACUACACUCCCCUCCGUAUUUAUUUGGACAGUGAAGCUAAAAUGUUUAAUUUGACUCUCUACUUCAGCAUGAAUGGUACAGUUGAAGUCGGAAGUUUACAUACACUUAGGUUGGAGUCAUUAAAACUUUUUCAACCACUCCACACAUUUCUUGUUAACAAACUAUAGUUUUGGCAAGUCGGUUAGGACAUCUACUUCGAGCAUGACACAAGUAAUUUAUCCAACAAUUGUUUACAGACAGAUUAUUUCACUUAUAAUUCACUGUAUCACAAUUCCAGUGGGUCAGAAGUUUACAUACACUAAAUUGACUGUGCCUUUAAACAGCUUGGAAAAUUCCAGAAAAUGAUGUCAUGGCUUUAGAAUCUUCUGAUAGGCUAAUUGACAUAAUUUGAGUCAAUUGGAGGUGUACCUGUGGAUGUAUUUCAAGGCCUACCUUCAAACUCAGUGCCUCUUUGCUUGACAUCAUGGGAAAAUCAAAAGAAAUCAGCCAAGACCUCAGAAAAAAAUGUGUAGACCUCCACAAGUCUGGUUCAUCCUUGGUAGCAAUUUCCAAACGCCUGAAGGUACCACGCUCAUCUGUACAAACAAUAGUACGCAAGUAUAAACACCAUGGGACGGCGCAGCCAUCAUACCGCUCAGGAAGGAGACGCGUUCUGUCUCCUAGAGAUGAACGUACUUUGGUGCGAAAAGUGCAACUCAAUCCCAGGACAACAGCAAAGGACCUUGUGAAGACGCUGGAGGAAACAGGUACAAAAGUAUCUAUAUCCACAGUAAAAUGGGUCCUAUAUCGACAUAACCUGAAAGGCUGCUCAGCAAGGAAGAAGCCACUGCUCCAAAACCGCCAUAAAUAAGCCAGACUACGGUUUGCAGCUGCAAAUGGGGACCAAGAUCGUACUUUUUGGAGAAAUGUCCUCUGGUCUGAUGAAACAAAAAUAGAACUGUUUGGCCAUAAUGACCAUCGUUAUGUUUGGAGGAAAAAAGGGGGAUGCUUGCAAGCCGAAGAACACCAUCCCAACCGUGAAGCACGGGGGUGGCAGCAUCAUGCUGUGGGGGUGCUUUGCUGCAGGAGGGCCUGGUGCACUUCACAAAAUAGAUGGCAUCAUGAGGAAGGAAAAUUAUGUGGAUAUAUUGAAGCAACAUCUCAAGACAUCAGUCAGGAAGUUAAAGCUUGGUCGCAAAUGGGUCUUCCAAAUGGACAAUGACCUCAAGCAUACUUCCAAAGUUGUGGCAAAAUGGCUUAAGGACAACAAAGUCAAGGUAUUGGAGUGGCCAUCACAAAGCCCUGACCUCAAUCCUAUAGAACAUUUGUGGGCAGAACUGAAAAAGCGUGUGCGAGCAAGGAGGCCUACAAACCUGACUCAGUUACACAAGCUCUGUCAGGAGGAAUGGGCCAAAAUUCACCCAACUUAUUGUGGGAAGCUUGUGGAAGGCUACCUGAAACGUUUGAACCAACUUAAACAAUUUAAAGGCAAUGCUACCAAAUACUAAUUGAGUGUAUGUAAACUUCUGACCCACUGGGAAUGUGAUGAAAUAAAUAAAAGCUGAAAUAAAUCAUUCUCUCUACUAUUAUUCUGACAUUUCACAUUCGUAAAAUAAAGUGGUGAUCCUAACUGACCUAAAACAGGGAAUUUUUACAAGGAUUAAAUGUCAGGAAUUGUGAAAACUGAGUUUAAAUUUAUUUGGCUAAGGUGUAUGUAAACUUCCGACUUCAACUGUAAAUAAUGUAUUUAUUAUAGAUUGUUUGUGUCAUUUUGGAGUAACAUUUAUUGUUAAUAAGAAGAUAAAAUCUUUCUGAACACUUCUACAUGAAUGUGGAUGCAACCAUGAUUACAGAUAAUCGUGAAUGUGUGAAUCUGUGAAUCUGUGAAUAAUGAUGCGUGAGAAAGUUAGAGGCUAACCCCCCCUGUUAUUGGUAAUGGUGAGAGUAUGUUUUGGGGGUAUGAUCUUUGUGCCUCAUCAUUAUUAACGAUUAUUCAUGAAUCAUUCAUACAUUAUUUACCAUUAAUUUCUAUUGGACACAACAUAAUCCGAAAAACACAACCAAAACAAACUGCAAAUGCAUUCAACAAUUUGGUAGCGUCACACGCUUGAUGUAAUCGUUGUGUGCUAGGAAUAUGGGACCAAAUACUGAACUUGACUACUUUGACUUCUAAUACACUAUAAGUGAAUUUGCCCAAAUACUUAUGACAUCUUUAAAAGGGGGGACAUCUGUAGAUAGAGUACAUAAAGUGCUUUCAUUUCUAAACGGUAAAACAGAUAUGAAUGAAAAUACCCUCAAAUAAAAGGGGAAAUCUUCUGUACUGUCGCCUCAUAUAAACAAUUUGAUCUCAAACCCAAAAUGCUGGAGUAGAGAGCCAAAUUAAACGUUUUAGCUUCACUGUCCAAAUAAAUAUGGAGGGGAGUGUAACUGUGUGUAUGACCUCUCAGACUCGUGUGGAAUGCCUCAUGUCCGUGCUGCCUCGACCCCCAGUGAGUCUCUGGAAGGAGAGGGGGCGUCGCGACACGCCUGGCCCUGGGACGUGCGCCUCAGUGUGAACACUAAGAACAUCUGCUAUGGGGCAAUCAUCCAGCCUGCCUGGGUCCUCACUGCUGCACACUGCCUUCUAGGCCUGUGAGUGUCACACCAACACGCGCUCACAUAUCCUAUACUUUUUCAUAGAUGAAUAAUGUUAAUAAAAAUAAUAAUAACAGUGCAGAUACACACUCAUAUCCUAUAGUAUUAAAUAUUAAUUUAGUGAAAAAUAAAUGGUGUAUUUGAACAGUUUGAAAACAAUUUGAAAACUCCUGUGCUCUACUUUUUCAUAGAUGAAGAUGUUAUUCAUAAAAACAGAUCAUAAUAACACCAGCCUCUAUUUUUAUGUAUUUAUUAUUUUCAAACUAACACAGGGAGGUGCAGUCAUUAAGGUCACUAUCAGUGGAGACGGGAGGCCCAAAGAACCAGGUAGGAUGAAGCAUCCUCAGUCAGUCUACCUAUCUCUCACUCAGUGUGUCAUUGUUCUCUCUCUCUCUCUCUCUCCUAUAUGUCUCUGUGUUAUUGUCUAUAUGGGUCCUAUAGAGGGGUGGUGUGAGGAGGCUAGUGCUGCAUCCUCAGUAUGACCCCUCCUCCCAGGACUAUGAUGUGGCCCUGCUACAGCUGGACUCCCCGCUGCUCAUCACUGAGCAUGCCCAGUCCGUCUGUCUGCCCUGCUCGGGACAGGAGGUCCCACCCUCCCAGGUCUGCAUGCUCUCAUCGUGGGAGGGUCAGACAGGUAUGUACAGUAUCAUGCCAUACUGUGUUUGACCAACAACAAGACACCAUGAUGACAAAGCAAAAAGAUCACUGUAUCACGAUGAGUGUCAUUGUAAAAAGUUUGUUUAUGUGGACACAGGGGUUAUGUCUAUGUACAAACAUGACAUUACCUCAUUCAAAGUGUGUGUGUGUGUGUCAGUCUUUUAGUGAUUGUGCGUGUUUGUGUGUAUGGGUGGACGUAGCAUGUGUGUUAACAGUAUGUGUUUGUAGUUUUCUGAGUGUAGCCUAACACAGAGACUGUGGUGUGUGCUGACUGUUAGGUGGACCAUGGAACAGCACUGUUGAGCCGCUAGAGGUGCCACUUUUGAGUCAUGCUGACUGUGAGCGUUAUAACACUGGUCGACUGACCCCUAGAAUGCUGUGUGCUGGGUCACCACAGCAUCAUGGACAGGACACCUGCACGGUGAGGAACACACAGGGCUCAUAGCAACACUGUAAACACUGGAACACAUCGGGGAUGGAUGGGUGGUGGCUAUUAAAGUAUAACAACAGUGGACCCAACUUUAGCAAAGGAUUUGUGUUAUCAUACAUCCCCCUCUGGUGGCAAUGUUUGGAACUAUGGUUUAUAACCAUAUCAGAGAGCACAUUAGGAGGGCCUUUUCUUAAACUUUGAAACACUCAGUACCAGUCCAAGACGAUAGAGUAUAGUCACCCAAACUAUGUAACUGUAUAUGAUACAGUAGAUGAUAAAAUAUAAUCUCAUUGCGAGGGGUUUCAUUUGUCAGAAACAUUCAGUAAAAUAUCAAACUGUCUUCCUUCAGGGUCCAGGUGAUUCUGGGGGAGCCCUGGUGUGUCAAACAGAGGACUCUGGUUACUUUGUCCUGGGAGUGAGCAGCCGAAGGGAAGGCUGUGGGAAGUUCCAGAGGCCAGGAGUCUACACCUCAGUUCCCAUGCUAAGAGACUGGAUCCAGGAACAACUCCACGGUGAGGGAGAUUUGUCAUGUGGAUCUGUGGUGCUACUUUGCAAACUCUACUGUCUUGAAAGCAGUUCUUCAUGCCUUUACAUCAUCUGGCUAAUGGCACUCAAACAGUUCUGCCUUAUAUUGUCCUGAGAUGGGAAACACUCAAAAACACAACAAUAUCUGUGGGGUUAACUCAAGUACUGUGUGAAUCAUUAAUUUAUUUUCACAUUCCUACAAUUUGCUCAAGAGUAACAUAUUAUGUAUUUUCUUAAGUGUGUUUCUCUGUGUCUCAGGCUUUCUCUCCACAGAAGAUUCAGCUGACUCCUCUAGGACCCUGCCAGGAGCAGCAGGAGGAGAUUAUGAUGAUAAUAACUAUGGAGCUGAGUCAUCUGGAGAAUCCUGU